AAGCUGAUAACUUUAGAAACAAACAAGGCCUAAGCGCAAAGUUGAUAACGUAGAAACAAUCCCGCCCGAACCCUACCUCUCCCUCACUCCCCUGUCCUCCCAAUUCCCCCGGCGCCGGCUGUUUCCUUAGUUCCUUCGCCUACCGCCGACGCCGCCAUUCUCCCACCUGCUGCCGUUAGCCGUCCACUGUCAGCUUUCAAGUGGCUGAUGAAUCGAUCCCUUCUCAUAGGCGCCUCUCCGCCGGUGGUGCUUCCUCGCCUUCAAUCCACCCAACCUAACUGGAGUUUUUUCACGGAGAAUUAUGCCAUUGAAGGUCGAGAUCUUAGAUACUCAAUCACAACAAGACAGGGAAACAUCUAUCCAAUUCUGAAGGAUUGUUCGCUUUCCAUUCCUUCGGGGCAGUUCUGGAUGCUUCUUGGGCCAAAUGGUUGUGGAAAAUCAACCCUUUUGAAGGAAAAAUACACCCUUUGAAAACUAUUUUUUUUUUCUUUAUGGAAUUUCUGGGAUUGGUGUUGCUUUAACUUUGCUGGUUUUAGAAUGAUGAUUCCUAAAUUUUUGUUUCAGAUUUUGGCGGGUCUUCUAAAUCCAACAAAAGGAUAUGUGCAUGUCAAGAAACCUAAAAGUUUUGUCUUCCAAAACCCGGACCACCAGGUAGUGCUGCCUACGGUAGAAGCGGAUGUGGCAUUUGGGUUGGGUAAUUUGAAUCUGUCACAUGAUGAAAUCAAAUCUAGAGUGGCAAGGGCUUUGGAUGCUGUAGGCAUGCUUGACUACUUGAAAAGGCCUGUUCAAACCUUAAGUGGAGGUCAGAAGCAAAGGGUUGCUAUUGCUGGUGCAUUGGCAGAAGCAUGCAAAGUACUGUUGUUGGAUGAGCUCACAACAUUUUUAGAUGAAAGUGAUCAGAUUGGUGUGAUAAAAGCAGUCAAGAAAUCUAUGAAAACUUCAAAAGAUGUUACAGCAUUAUGGGUUACCCAUCGCUUGGAGGAGUUGGAAUAUGCUGAUGGUGCAGUGUACAUGGAAGAUGGAAAGAUAGUUAUGGCAGGUGACACUACAGAAAUUUUGCAGUCCAUUAUGUCGAGGCAAGCUACUUAUUUAGAUCGGUUGAACUCUUAAACUCCCUCCCGGGUUUGUAAGUUUGCUUACUUCUCUUAGGCUAGGUUUGAAUUGAAAUUGAAAUUGGAAUUAUAAUCUUAAUUCCAAUUCUACAAGAAUUAGAAUUGAAUUACAAUUAAAUGAUAGACUUGUCUCUUAAGAAAUUUAUAAAAUAUUUUGAAGUAUGUAACUUAUUAGGCUAUGUAGAUAGAUAAAUAAAUACUAACUACUAUGUUCUAAAUAUAUGAAUUGGACUGCAGCUAUUAAGAAGCUCCUGUCUAUGUUGUCA